UCUGGUUACAGCGGUGCUUAUGCACUGUCAGUGCAGAAUCUCCAGAUACAGUCGCUAGGACUUCGGUCUCUAAAAGAGAUCAGUAACGGGCUGGUGUUCAUUCACCAGAACCCGAACCUCUGCUAUGUGAGUACAAUUCCCUGGAGGCAGCUCUUUAAGAAGGAUCACCAGGAGGAGCUGAUAACAGCCAACAGGCUCCAGGACCUCUGUGAAGCCGAGGGGCGGACCUGUGACAGCCUCUGCACCAACGGCAGCUGCUGGGGGCCCGGCCCGGCGCAGUGCCUCUCCUGCACCUACUUCCGCGGCCAGGAAUGCGUGGAAUCCUGCAACUUGUACGAGGGCUCAUUUCGGGAGUAUGUGAGCGAAUUCAAGUGCAUGGCCUGUCACCCGGAGUGUUUCCCGCAGAACAACAGCCUCAGCUGCAGUGGGAAGGGCUCCGACAACUGCGUGGCCUGCCGCCGCUACCGGGACGGCGCGCACUGCGUCGCCAAGUGCCCCGGCGGCCUGCACGGCCACAUCUGGAAGUACCCGGACGAACACGGCCUGUGCCAGCUCUGCCCCACCAACUGCAGUCACUCGUGCACGGCGGGCGAGGACGGCUGUCCCGAGGAGCCCAUUCACAGCCAGGUGACCUCGGUGGUGGCCGGGAUCGUCGGGGCUCUGCUCUUCAUGCUGCUCGUCGUCCUGCUGAUCGUCUGGUGGAAACGCAAGGUCUACCUGAAGCAGAAGCACAAGAUGAUGAGACUCCUGGAGCAGAACAAGCUCGUCGAGCCGGUGAGUCCGAGCGGUGUUGUUCCGAAUCAGGCGCAGAUCCGAAUCCUGAAGGAGACGGAGAUGAAGAAAGUAAAAGUCCUGGGAUCCGGUGCCUUCGGAACUGUUUAUAAGGGCGUCUGGAUGCCGGAGGACGAAGACGUUAAGAUACCCGUUGCCAUUAAGGUACUCAGAGAGGGAACAUCGCCCAAAGCGAACAAGGAAAUCCUGGACGAGGCGUACAUCAUGGCAGGCGUCAGCAGCCCUUACGUCUGCCGUCUGCUGGGUAUCUGCCUCACCUCCACGGUGCAGCUGGUGACGCAGCUGAUGCCCUUCGGAUCCCUGCUCGACUACGUCCGCGAGCACAAGGACCGCAUCGGGUCGCAGCACCUCCUUAACUGGUGUGUGCAGAUCGCCAAGGGAAUGAAUUACCUGGAGGAUCAGGUCCGAUUGGUCCACCGGGACCUGGCAGCGAGGAAUGUGCUGGUAAGGAGCUUGAACCACGUGAAGAUCACAGACUUCGGGCUUGCCCGGCUCCUCGACACGGACGAGACGGAGUACCAUGCCGACGGCGGGAAGGUGCCCAUCAAGUGGAUGGCGCUGGAGUCCAUACUGCACCGCCGGUUCACCCAUCAGAGCGACGUCUGGAGUUACGGCGUGACGGUCUGGGAGCUGAUGACGUUCGGUGCCAAGCCUUACGAUGGGAUCCCGGCUCGAGAAAUCCACGAACUGUUGGAGAAGGGAGAGCGGUUGCCACAGCCUCCGAUCUGCACCAUCGACGUCUACAUGAUUAUGGUCAAGUGCUGGAUGAUUGACUCGGAAUGUCGGCCUCGCUUCCAGGAGUUGGUGGCGGAGUUUUCCAAAAUGGCCCGGGAUCCUCAGCGAUACAUCGUUAUCCAGGGUGACGAGCACCUCGUACCUCAGAGCCCGACUGACAGCAAGUUCUACCGGACCCUGCUAGAGGACGAGGAGAUGCAGGACCUGAUCGACGCGGAAGAGUACCUGAGCGCGAGGAGCGUGGCGGAGGCGGGCGCCCAGGGCCCUCCGCCCGGCCCGGCUUACCGGCCCCCCUCGCAGGUGGAAGUGCCGGUGGAGGCGGACGGCCCCUGCUGCGGGGCCCCGGACGAGGUGCCUGGCCAGCGGUACAGCUCCGACCCCACCGCGCGCCUGGACGGGGAGGGAGAGGCCGGCUUCGAGACGGACAGUUACAUCGCGCUGGGUGGCGAGACCCCGGCCGCAGGUUACAUGAACCAGCGGGGGGAGGCCGGAAGAGGCGGGUUAUUCCCUCGGGGCAGUGGCGGGAGUGACCUGCUGCUCCCAAGCAGCCCCUUCCAGAAUACUGUGCAGAACCCCGAGUACCUGUCGCAGCACAGCUCGCUGUCCGACGACGAGCCGGCCCUCGACUGGGGCCCGGGCCAGCCCAACGGCUACAUCCGCGUGGCGACGGCGGAGAACCCCGAGUACCUCGGCCUCUCGGAGACCAGCAGCGUGUAAAAGGGCACCUUGCCGGUGAAAUCGGUCCCACCACGGUCUGACUGCACGCCAGAGACUGGCGGGGGGGGGGGGGGCAGCGAGACCCAGACAGGCUGCAUUGCGGCGGAGGGAGUGGGGGCUUCUCCCUGGACGAUGCUGUGAGUAGGGAAGCGUGGUAACGCUGUCCAUUUCUGCCGGUGUUCGUCAGCCAUCAGUCUCUCCAGGGACUUACCGCGAAUCAAAAUGAGGAUUGCCCCGGAGCCCGUUCCCCAUCUUCGUUCCAUUCUGUCCCCCAUUCUCACACAGUCACCCCCACUCCUCUCUCCCAUUCCACCUCUGAAAUAUCGCACCCAGCCAGUCGCGGUCUGGUUGGCCGAGUUCUGAACAAUGCUGCAGUUAGCGUGAACUGUUAAUGAAUGUUACCGAUUUUUUGUACAUCUGAUUUUGGGAAAUAGUUUUGUAUGUUUGAGAGAGAGAUUUUUUUUUUUCUAGAUGUCUGCUGUGAAUAGCUGAGGUGAGGGGAGAUGGUCUGAUCCGGAGGCCGGUAGCGGGAUCUCGGUCAAACCGCGGUUCCUGAGCUCAGACCGUCUCCCGCCAGGCGAAUCCGUUAGUCUGAUGAGUCGUGCCGGUGGUUACACCCGUGAUUGAACCCACCGCGCGUGGCCGCUGAUUGGGUUGUGAUUUGAUCAUUGGACACGCUGACUGCGAGGAGAGCCCACGUUUACCGAGUGCCGGGGAGCUGAUGGCGGUCUGCACCGAACUCGGGAGAACGGGGAUGGACUUCCGAUCCGCGUCCCUCCCUCAGGACCGGUCGGCACUCCCGUCUCUCCUCCCAGCCACCGUGUCCUGGAGUUACUCUUGGAAUCUGGUACGAACAAUAAAGCUCGCAGUUUUUAAUCAG